UUGUGUGGUUCUUCCAGCAGCCAGCAACCGGCAGCUUCAGGCAGCUUGUGCUUGUGCGUAAGAUACCGGUGUAUAUUAGUUAAGAUGUCGUACGGUAAAUUGAAUUUUGCAUUUUACAUCACAAGUUGUUGUUUAUGUUUGAGUCUUGUAAGCGUUAGUACACAGGCAUCGUCGAAAACUACUUACGCGGAACAACUUUCCGAAGAGAACUGGGAUCGUAUGCUGAUCGGAGAAUGGAUGGUGGAAUUUUAUGCGCCGUGGUGUCCUGCUUGUAAAGCACUCGAACCAGUUUGGGAACAUCUUGCUUCGUUAAAGAAAAAUCUAAAUAUCAAUGUUGGAAAAGUUGACGUGACCGAUUCUCCAGGACUAAGUGGAAGAUUUAUGGUUACAGCUUUGCCAACGAUAUAUCAUGUUAAGGAUGGUAUAUUUAGGCAAUAUAAAAGUCCUAGAGAUAAAGACUCUUUGGUUGAAUUUGUAUCUGAAAAGACUUGGGAAAAAAUUGAACCGAUACCUGGUUGGAAAAGCCCAACUUCUAUUAUGAUGUCUGUUAUUAGUCAAUUCUAUAAAAUGUCACAAGUAUUACGGGGUGUACACAAUAAACUUAUGGAAGACUUUGGAGUGCCUACAUGGGGAAGUUACUUAAUCUUUGCAGUUACAACUAUCGUGUUAGGCGCUAUAUUGGGAUUGUUUAUCGUUUGCUUGAUCGAUUUUAUAUAUCCGCCAAAACCUGUAACGCUGCAAGGUGAAAAGAAACAGAAAGAUGGAUCAGGUGGAUUCAUGCAAGAGAAAAGUAUACAGGACGAAGAAAUAGUUGAAAAUGUUAAAGACGAUUUAGUAGACGAAGAAUCUGAAGGGGAAACAUCCGACGUAGAAGAGAAAGAAAAAGAUACGGACAAAGAUUCAAAGCCUGAACCGAGUAGUCCGAAUGUCCGCAAGCGUAAGCCACGUAAAGCUGACUAGACAUACUAAUUUGUUGUAUGUAAAUAUUUAACAUCUGAACAGAAUAACAAAUGAUAUUUAACAGUUUGUAAUGUCAAUUCAUUUUGAUAAUUAGAAACAACGACACCGUAUUAUAUGGUUGACCUAAUAAUAUUUGACAAGGAAUUGCAAAAGCUCAUGCAAAAAGAUGGAAAGACUACUAUAGAUCUUAUUGAGAAUUCGCAUUUACUUGGAAGAUAUAAGAUACAUGUAUUCAGAGUAGACAGCAAAAUUUUUAUUUUACACAAAAAAGAAAAUUUUUGAAUAUAAAAAUUAUUAUAACUCAGGUAUUAAUUUUUAAAAUCUUAGAACAGCAAUUAUGAUAACAAUGAAUAGUAGGAUUCCGGAUAUCCACUUGUAAAUUUACGAUACGAUUGAUUAUUGCUUCCAAAUAUAGACAUUUGCUACUUUUGUUAAAUGCGAAAGCGAUAACUGUAAAUUGUAUCACCAGUAUAAUAAUACCAUGUUUAUUAAUAUUUGGUAGCUAAUACAGAGAAAAUAAUGGUUGGUUUCAACUGUGUUCCUUUAUUUUUUCUUAACGAAUUUCUGCAUAAAUUUACAAUACGUAUAUUUAAUAUUAUAGUUGAUUAUAAGUAACUAAUAUAUUUUCCUGUACAAACUUUUUAUUUAUAACUUUUGCAUACAAUAUUGUAAAAUAAACAAUUAUGUAUUAUUUAUAUACACGUACUGUUUUUUUUUUGCAUAGUAGCAAAAAGUAUUUGCUUUCAGGUUGUUACAAAUAAUUAAAAAUUUAGUUAUGUACAUCAACUUUAGAAUUUUUUACACAAUUGUAUUGUGUAAUACAUUUUCUGUUUUUAUAGAAUUGUAAAAUUUUGUAUGCAACACUUAUUACAAUGGCAAGUAAAAAAAAUGAAUUUAACUGAAUUAUUUGUAUUUUUAGUAUAUUGUACGAUUAAAUUUGUACUUGAAUGGUACAAUUUUGAAAUGACUUUUUCCUAAUAUUUUAAUGCAGGAAUAAAGAUAUUAAUACAAUAUAAAAGGUUCGUAAUUGUAAAUAACUGGUUAAGUAUAUUUAAUCGAUUGUAUGAAACUUUUGUAGUGUUUAUUCUAUAUGAAGUAAAUAUUGUAGGUUAAUGUGCUCGUAUGCUAUAUCAAAUACACACACACACA